AGAAGUUGCCUGCCCCGUUCGGCAACCUUCCAUGAAUCGUGUCCCGGCGGAGGUUAUAGGGUCGGGACUGCCUGACUUCCUGGCACUGACACGGCAGGUCCCCGUUUCGCCCUCGGCUUCCCGCCACUUCGACCGACGCAUCCCUUAAUAGAUGCCACUGUACCUUCUCGUCUCGAAUCUUACUUCUUCCUCUUUCAUUCUCUCUUUAUACUUCCUUGAAGUCACACUGCCAAAGCGUCUUACCACUUUGUAAUAUUAUACAUUCAAGAUGGCCUCCGCUACCCGACAGUUUGCCCGUGCGGCUACUCGUGCCACUCGCAACGGCUUCGCCAUUGCUCCUAGACAGGUUAUCCGCCAACAGGGUCGCCGAUACUACUCUUCUGAGCCCGCACAGAAGUCAUCUUCCGCCUGGGUGUGGUUGACCGGUGCCGCUGUCGCUGGUGGCGCUGGUUACUACUUCUAUGCCAACGGUGCUUCUUCCGCUACUCCUAAGGUUUUCAACCCCACCAAGGACGACUAUCAGAAGGUUUACAACGAGAUUGCUGCUCGCCUGGAGGAGAAGGACGACUAUGAUGAUGGUAGCUACGGUCCCGUUCUCGUCCGUCUCGCUUGGCACGCCAGCGGUACCUACGACAAGGAGACUGGCACUGGUGGCAGCAACGGUGCCACCAUGCGAUUCGCCCCUGAGGCUGACCACGGCGCCAAUGCUGGUCUGGCUGCUGCCCGUAACUUCCUCGAGCCCGUAAAGGAGAAGUUCCCUUGGAUCACCUACUCUGAUCUCUGGAUCCUCGCUGGCGUUUGCGCUAUCCAGGAGAUGUUAGGCCCUGCCAUUCCUUACCGACCCGGUCGCUCUGACCGUGAUGUCUCUGGUUGUACACCUGACGGACGUCUUCCCGACGCCUCCAAGCGCUCUGGACAUCUCCGAGACAUCUUCUACCGUAUGGGCUUCAACGACCAGGAGAUUGUUGCUCUCUCCGGCGCCCACGCUCUCGGCCGCUGCCACACCGACCGAUCCGGCUACGAGGGUCCCUGGACUUUCUCCCCCACCGUCCUGACCAACGACUACUUCCGUCUCCUUGUCGAGGAGAAGUGGCAGUGGAAGAAGUGGAACGGCCCUGCCCAGUACGAGGACAAGUCUACCAAGUCUCUGAUGAUGCUUCCUAGUGACAUUGCCCUGAUCGAGGACAAGAAGUUCAAGCCUUGGGUCGAGAAGUACGCCAAGGACAACGAUGCCUUCUUCAAGGACUUUUCCGACGUCGUUCUCCGACUAUUUGAGCUCGGUGUUCCUUUCGCCCAGGGUACUGAGAACCAGCGCUGGACCUUUAAGCCCACAAACCAGGAAUAAGUUAUCAAAACAAGACAGAGAGCUGCUUGAGAUGCCUUUGUAGGAAUUAUGCGAGAACUGAAUUUGGUCAUCAUUUUAUUGAUGAACUUGAAGAAGAGCGAUAUCCGGAGUUUUGGUUGUAAUCAUUGGG